AUGCCUCCAGGAGCAAAUGCCAGCAAUUUAAAGAGCUUCCUUGCAGCAGUGAGGCUGGCUCACCGAGGCACCGAUGUUGAAGCGCUGCCUCUCUCAGUCUUGGUACCAGCAAAGACUUCGGAAGUUGAAAAACCUAAAACUAAGAUGAUCAUUACGUCGAGAAGAGACUAUCCGCUAACCAAAAAUUUUCCUUACUCCCUCGAACAUCUGCAGGCCUCGUACUGCAAACUUGCCCGAGUCGACAUGCGAAUGCUUUGUCUGAAAAAACUCCGAAAACUAGACUUAAGCCACAAUCAUAUCAAAAAGCUGCCAGAAACUAUUGGUGACCUUGUCAGCCUUCAGGAGCUUAAUCUGCACAACAAUCACUUGGAGUCCUUCUGCGUAGCUCUGUGCAACUCCACGCUUCAGAAGUCUCUCCAGUUUUUGGACCUCAGCCAAAAUAAAAUCAAAGCACUUCCAGUUCAGUUUUGUCAACUGCAAGAACUCAUUCACUUAAAGCUCGAUGAUAAUGAGUUGAUUAGAUUGCCGUUCAAGAUGGGCCAGCUAAGUCAACUACGCUUCCUGUCAGCAGCCCGUAAUAAGCUUCCAUUUUUGCCCAGUGACUUCAGAAAUCUCUCGCUUGAGAAGUUAGAUCUCUUUGGAAACCCUUUUGAACAGCCUAAUCCUCUUGUUCCCAGCAUACAGCUCAAAAUACCAUUAACUUUAUUAGAAUCUGCUGCAAGAGCAACAGUAAAUUACAGAAUCCCUUAUGGUCGUCAUCUCCUUCCUUCUCACCUCUGUGAAGAUCUGGAAGUAGCUAAAACAUGUCAAUGUGGAAAUGCCUGUCUAAGCUGCUUCAUUCAGACAACCGUGACCAUGAAUCUCCACUAUGUAGCUCAUACUGUGGUCCUUGUAGAUAACAUGGGAGGUACAGAGGCACCCAUUGUCUGUUACUUUUGCUCUCUAACUUGUUAUUCCCAAUUUCUAGAUAGAUAUCUGCAAAGUAAUAGGUGACCUUAAGGGACAGCAAGGCAUUGUUGUGGGAAGUUUCAUCCAGUGAUGGAGGACUCUGAAAUCAAAUGUUGCUUGGCUGUCCUUGUCUGCUGUUAUGAAAUGGAGACAAACCAUUGAAUGUGCACUACAAAUAGUUAAUAAUGUCAAACUUACAAAGCCUUCUCACUGGAAGCCUGAUGCGGUGUGUCUGCUUUAAAGUUUCACUAAUCUUAAGUAGCUAUCACUUCAGUGCAGAGAGAGAGAUCACUCCCAACUUGAAUCUUAGUAAGAAUGUAUUUUAGCUUGCUUAUAUUGCUGUAACUUUCUCCAAAGCUUCAUUAUUUUUUCUCUUUAUGCUUUUUUAUGGAAUAGGGGACCGCUUCUUGCCGGAAGGAGGGAGUUGAGUGAAUUUCUGCUUGUUUCUGUUGUCAAUCUUGUACGCCCUCCCUUGCUUGAUGCUCUGAAUUCUAUCAGCUAGAGAGUACUAGACUCUUUUCCUAGUCCAGAAUCUACUAUUCUCCUUCAGCAAGAGCACAGUGUGGUGCCUUUCCUGCUAGAGAGCAGGAGUCCUAUGUCUAUUCACUCGCUUGUUUAUUGCGGAGCAGCAAAGUAGUCUGCUGCCAAAGAGUAUGAGUAGUUCUAAAACACUCUUCAGGUAUUUCGGUUCCAUAAACAAUUCCAUGUGUAGGGUGCUCACCUCAAACAGGAAACAGUAUUGUGAUUUUUUUUUAUUGGAACAAAUGUUUUUUAUAACUUUGUCAUGUGAGAAAGAAAAGACAGCUUCACACUCACAACCUAAAUUGUUUACUAUUUCUAAGCAUCAUGUAAAUUUUUAAGGUUCUUGGGAUGUUCAUUAUAUGAUUACUUCAAUUAUUAAAUGGUGAAAUUCU